AUGGCAACUAAGGACAAGGAUAUGGUGGCAUUCUACGAUAUCAAACCAGCAGCAGAGACCCACAUUCUCAUCAUCCCCGUGGCACAUAUUGAAUCCGUCAAGACCGUCCGGCCGUCCGACCAUGACCUGAUCCUCAGGAUGAAGGCCAAAGCGCUCAAUCUCCUCAAAGAGCACGGUCACCAACCAGAAAACUGCAGGCUCGGAUUUCAUGUCCCACCGUUUAACACGGUUGAUCAUCUACAUCUGCAUGUUCUCGGAGGAGAGUUCAAGACCGCCCUGGGAAGCGCAAAGUACGAGAAUGGCAAGAAGUGGUACAUGGACCUUUCACAACUCCUUUCAAACCUCGAACAAAAGAUGCGACCAUAG